AUGAAUAUAUUCAGCAAGUCUACAUGCUCAUCUUGCAAUAUGUGUAAAUGCUGCUGUGAAAAAGCAGAAAUAAAAGUUACAGAAAGGACUUAUACGUACAAUGAAUUCCAUGAUCUUUGUAGCAGAGAAAAAUCCGUUGAUUUUCCUUGUAUACCUACUGAACGCAUUGUGUUAGAAUCUUUUGAUCAUCCUCAGCUGUAUUAUCAUCAAAUAGAUAGCGAAUUUUACGCCAAGAAUAUAUUAUAUGAGGUCCCUUUAAUAAGUUAUGCGCAAGGACCAUUUUUCGAAAAAAUGAAUGAUCUGGAAACACAUAAAAAAUAUCAACUACCAACUAUUAGUUAUGUGUCUGAUCCAGUAUAUAUAAGAAGAAGACAAAAAUGUACCUUAUCUGACUUGUCUAAAUCCGCAUAUUGUGAACCUUGCAAAUGUAAAUGA